CUGUCUUAAUGGGUGCAGAAUAAUCAGCAGCACAAGGGAUUGUAUAAUCAAAGAACUAUACAGCAUUGGGUUAUAAGGAAAAUGAAAUAUAUGGAUCAUUCAAAUUAAUUGAAUAUCAAACAAAAUAAUAUGCUAUGGUUUCUAAGACUUGUUAGAGUUAGGAAGAGUUUACGAAUUUAUAUAAGAUACUCAAUGAAACAAAAUAACUGAAUGAAAUUGAAAAUUUAGUAAAAUUAGUAGAACUUGAUACAUAGGAAGAAACAAAUUUAUGUAGUACAUUUUAUAAAGUUACUGCUUUAUAUGAAUAUUAUGAUACAAAUUUAAGAUAAAUAAGCAAAUAGGCAUCAAUAAAUUGUUUAUUUGUUUUGAAGUGUUUGGCAGAAAUACUGAAAUAAUUUUAUGAACACAAUAUAGUUCAUGGAAAUUUAACACCAGAUCAUGUGUUGAUUGAAAAGAUAAAAGGAGAGGUAAAGUUAAAUAAUUGUACAUAAUUAACUGGAUUCAAUCAUUAUAAAAGAAUUUUGUCAGGUGAUAGUUUAUGGUAUUUAUCUCCUGAAUUACUUGGUGCAUUAGGAAAGAAGGAUCUUCGACCAUAAUACAAUCAUGAAAAAAAUGAGGUUUAUUAAUUAGGAUUAAUGGCUUUAGAGUUUUGGGGAAGUUGUAAUAUUUAGGAGAUUUAUGAUAAAUAGAACUAUACAAUAAAUGAAAGUAAAAUUAUAAAUAUAUGAUAGAUGUGAUAUAAUAAUCAAUAAAUGUAUUUGGAGAAAGAAAUGGUUAUGUAUUGAAGAAUGUCAUAAAAUAAAUGUUAUAGGUAGAUCCAAAUUCAAGACCUAUGAUGAGUGAAUUGAGUCAAUAAUUUACUUAAUUAUUUGAAAUUCAAUAAUAAGUUGAAGAACCAAAAGUUGAAUAAUAUGAGGAGGAAUAGGUAAAUUAAAUUGAAUAAACAACCAAUUUUAAAGAAACAAAUAGAGAACCUGAAGUUCAAGAUGAGAUUUUAUAAGGUUAUAAAGAAUCAUUCUAAUAUUAAGAGAGUAAUAGAAAUCAAAUUGAAAAUUCACCAUAAGAAUAAUAAUAAUUUGAAGAAUCUCCAAAGAAAAUAGACAAACAAGAAGUUGAAGUAAAUUCUCAAUCAGUGAAAUAGUCAGUAAAUUAAUCAAUUAAAGAAUAUUAUGUGACAGGAUCAAUAGCUGCUUAAUUUGGAUAAUUAAGUUUACUUGAAAAUAAUGCAGAAUACAAAUCUUAUGAUAAUGGAGACAUACUUUAAGAAAAAUCAUAAAAUUAGCCUACAUCUCCUAAAGGGUAGGAUUCAACUAAACCUAAGAAAAGUGUAAAGGUGAAUACAUCAUCAGCUAAUAAGAAAGGAGUUUCAAUAAAGAGACCAAAACAUGAGAUUAUGGAUACAAAAUUGCCGAAAUAAGCUGUGGUUGUGAGCAAAAAAAGAUGAAAUACAA